CCGCAUCCCGAAGAUUUCCGGGCUGCGGCACUCGCCCUGCCGGACCCCCGGGACGCACAGCAGCACCGUCCCUCGCAGCCCCUCUCCGGAGCCAGCCCCGGGGCAGCCGGUGCCGCCGUCCUGCCGGGGCUCGGUGCCGGCGGCGGCAGGCGCCCACCCGCAGAGCCUCGGGGCGGGCCGCGGCGGACCGGGCGGCUGCGCACACGGGCGGCCGGGCCCGCCUCCGCCGCUCGGCUCGGCAGCACCGCGGACAGCGCCCGGCCCCGGCGGCUCCGCGCGGCCCCGGAGACGGCGCCGGAGCGGUCCGGUCCCCCCGGCGCGGCACGGCACGGCACGGCCCGGCCCGGCGCCCGCCGCGCCAUGGCCACGGAGGUGCACAGCCUGCAGGAGCUGCGGCGCAGCGCGUCCCUGGCCACCAAGGUCUUUGUGCAGCGCGAUUACAGUGAUGGGACCACGUGCCAGUUCCAGACAAAGUUUCCCCCUGAGCUGGAGAGCCGGAUUGAGCGGCAACUUUUUGAGGAAACUGUGAAAACCCUCAAUGGCUUCUACGCUGAGGCGGAGAAGAUUGGGGGCAGCUCAUACCUCGAGGGGUGCCUGGCCUGUGCCACUGCCUAUUUCAUCUUUCUCUGCAUGGAGACACAUUAUGAGAAGGUCCUGAAGAAGAUCUCCAAGUACAUCCAGGACCAGAAUGAGAAGAUCUAUGCACCACGGGGGCUGCUGCUCACUGACCCCCUGGAGCGUGGCAUGAGGGUCAUCGAGAUCUCCAUCUACGAGGACCGGUGCAGCAGCGGCAGCUCCAGCAGCGGCAGCUCCAGCAGCAGCAGCGGCGGUGGUGGGGGCGGUGCAGGGGGCCGGUGACUGGCAGGGAGUCCCUGCAGGGACUCGUACUGCCGGGACAGUGGCCUCUCCGAGCUCCGCAGGCUGCACUACCAGAGCACCCGCUUCUGAGCCCAGGGAGAGCAGCAGGGGGAAGCCGGGGCUGCCCAGUGGGGCUGCCCACCCCC